AUGGCUUCUCGGUUCUUUCCAUCGCGCAGAACGGGCCUUGCUAUUGCUGCAGGAUGUCUGUUAUUCUCGGCCUUAGCUGCAGCUAAUGCUGGUCCCGGAGAGCUCUCCGUGAGCCAGAUCGAGGACCAAUUGCAGAGCUGCCCGCUGGUUGAAUCUCUCAAUGAGCACAAACGUGCUACUAGCCCGGAAACUACCAGCCUGACCUCGAAGAUCUUCGCUGUUCUCUUCCCCAGCAGUCCCGCCGUGAACGCGCUUCUUGCAACCUUGUACAUCUCCGGUCCUCCUAACUUCCUCCUAGCACUAUGCCCACCAAACAUCGACCCCUCCUCUUUGUCCGUCAUGGUGGCCUUCGCCGUCGGCGGCCUGCUAGGUGACACCCUCUUCCACCUCCUGCCAGAGAUCUUCGUCGGUGAAGACUCCCCGGACCACGUCAGCUUCGUUAUGGUCGAGCCUAACAAGAACCUCCUACUCGGUCUCGGCAUUAUGGUCGGCUUCUUCACCUUCGUAGCAAUGGACAAGAUCCUGCGCAUCGCAACAGGCGGCGAGGGUCACGACCAUGCGCACGGCCACACACAUGCUGAGGUCACUGCCGCGACUACCACCAGCGUCGAGUCCAAGAAGUCCGGCGGCGAGCUGAAGCAGCGCAAGUCGGCCGCCAAGGAAUCUUCUUCCUCCUCGUCUGAUGCCACCUCAGAGAAGGAGAUCAACCCUAGCGUCAAGCUCGGCGGAUACCUGAACCUAAUUGCUGAUUUUACACACAAUAUCACCGACGGCCUUGCCCUUUCCUCUUCCUUCUAUGCCUCGCCUACUAUCGGCGCAACCACCACUGUCGCUGUCUUCUUCCACGAAAUUCCCCAUGAAGUCGGUGACUUUGCUCUGCUUAUUCAGUCUGGUUUUUCUAAGCGCAAGGCUAUGGGUGCACAAUUCGUUACUGCCAUCGGAGCCUUCUUGGGUACCAUUAUUGGAAUUGCCGUGCAGGAAUUCGGUGGUAAUGGAACUAUUUUGGAUGAUGGUCCUGCUGUUGGUCUUAUGGGCACUAGCCUUACCUGGGGUGAUAUGCUUCUGCCUUUCACUGCUGGCACAUUCCUUUAUGUCGGCACUGUAGCUGUCAUUCCCGAGCUGCUCGAGACUGGUAAGGAUAAGGGCCUUGAGGUGCGGAAGACUAUUACCCAGUUUUUGGCUGUUGCUCUGGGUGCGGGGAUUAUGCUUGCCAUUUCUUGGGAUUAA